UAUUUAAAAGUGGAUAGUUGUUAAUAGCUAUAUUGCAAAUAUGGAAGUAACUUACUUUAUAAUUUUUGCUCUCGCAAUCAGUAGUGUUUUUGCAGUUGAUAAUGUCGAUGAAGACAAACAAAAGCUCAGAAGUAAACCUCCGACAUCACCUUGCCCAGACGUCUUUAAUUAUGAACCUGAGUAUGUUGCGAAGUCCAAAAUGGGAUUAGCGAUUAAUGCUUAUAUCAACCUCAAAAAACCUGCUAAAGCCGAGGAAGCCGAGCUUAAGAUUCAUUUACAAGUACCUGGAAUUCUAUCAGAGCUAAACGGUGAAAACAAAUCUGAAGUUGUUAAACUAACAGUUCUCACCAAACCACAAGAUCUUAUUAAUGAUAAAAAACGAAAUCUAUAUUAUAAAUUAGAACUCCGUCCAACAAAAAGCAGAAAAAUUCUUCAACCUUACCUCAUUACACUUAAUGGCGAAACAGUUUGUGAGGGAGAAAGACUCAGAGGCGCUUAUAGUGAAUUAAUCAUGGGACUUAAGGUUCUAAUUGGCGAAGGAAAACCUGCGGAUUAUGCGUCAGGACCCGAAGCAGGUGAAGAGUAACAUGAAUAAACUUAAUUAAUAGUUAAAAAGUUUAUGAAUAAAUAAGAGUGUUAAAGAGUA